AUGACAAGAGUUCUGAUCGACUACUGUCAUCGGCGUUUGCAGAAGUACAAGGCUGAGAUCGAGCAGAACAGAAGGCAGUGUGUCCACACUCUCGGCGAUUCUAUCGCCGCAGAUCUUGGGAACACGAUCUCUGCUCUGACACACCACAGGCAAGCCAAGAAGAGAGAAGUUUUGGAAUGGAAACUGACUAAGCUAAAACCACCAGUCACAGAAAGCUCAAACUUGGUCCACAACCUCUCGUCUAAGCAGCUAACAGAGCAGCAACUACGAGUGCUACAGCAUGAGACUUGUUUCAACACUGCAGAUGCCGAUCCUGUCGACUUCAUUGCAGCCCUGGAAGCUAUGCUCGUGAGAAGUGAAACAUCCGACGACAUGAAACACUCCGUCCGACAGCGUGUUACUUCCUUGCUGAUGACACACAGACCAACCAAAUGUAUUUCGCAGAGUGAGUCAAAAGCUGUGAGAGAACUGAGGAGGGACGACAGCAUUAUCAUUCUACCUGCUGACAAGGGACGAUCAACCGUCUUGAUGAAUAGAGAAGACUAUAAUGAAAAAGCUAAAGCCCUUCUUGAUGACAGGGAAUUUUACAGACCAGCACAGAAGUCACAAGCCAAAACAGUGGCAGAUCGGCUGAGUAAACUGCUUAGAGAAUACCGACAUGAAAAUGUGAUCACGGAGAAUGAAUGGCACCAAAUGAGGGCAACUGACACUGCUCUAGCCCGAUUCUAUGGUCUGCCAAAAAUCCAUAAAGCAAAUGUCCCACUUCGGCCAAUCGUUGCCCUAAAAGGCAGCCCCACCUACAAUUUGGCAAAGUGGAUGCACUCAAAACUGAAGUUCCUCCAAGGCAAUCCGACUACCUCAGUUCGACCAGCCUCUUAA